AUGUUAGCGUUAUCACUCGCUGUUCUAGCAGGCUCCCUGGCCUUCACCACAGCGGAGGUUUGCAACCCGUCGACUCUUCCCUCUAGUGAUUGGAUUACCGCCAACUAUGCUACCGUCAAUUUCAGCCCUACAGAUGGUGCCAUGUUCACAUUCAACAAACGCUAUGAUGCGCCAUACAUUUGGACAGACAAGUAUCUUAUGUUUGGACGUGUCGAUGUUAAAUUGCGAGCGGCUCCUGGCGCAGGUCUGAUUACUGGAUCCGUGCUUAUGAGCGACAACCAGGACGAGCUCGACUGGGAAUGGUCUGGCAAUAACUUCGGUAAAGGCGAAGGCAAGGUACAAACCAACUAUUUCGGAAAGGGCAUUACUGGCCACUACGAUAGAGGUGCGGAGAUUAAUGUCAACGAUCCCCAUGGCAAAUUCUACACUUAUUCAUAUGACUGGAAGCCUGAGCAAGUUGAAUGGCUCAUUGACGGUCGCGUGGUUCGAACGCUUAAGAACACUGGUGCUGGUGGUGAUUAUCAAUACCCCCAGAGCCCAUCGCGUCUGCAUCUCGGCAUUUGGAAUGCUGGCGAUCCAGACACUCCUCAGGCUACUUCCGACUGGGCUGGUGGCAAGCUCAAUAUGACUGGGGGACCUUAUACUGCCUAUAUUCAGUCUGUCAAGAUUACUCCUUACAAGCCAUGCUCUAGCUACAAGUUCCCGGAAAAAUUCAGCGGCAAGUGGGAAGAUGUACAAUGCACGAACCAGACUCUUGGCCGCAACGCUACUAUCUCUUCCGGAGACACAUAUGAAGACUUGAACAUUACCACUUCAACUGCCAACCAAACCGGCUCGGCCAGCAAGGCAUCUUCUACCCACACCGUCAAGUCUGGCGAUACUUGCGACUCCAUCUCCCGCAGUUUGGGCUGUCUUUUAGAUGAUUUGAAGAAGGCUAACCAAGGCGUCAACUGUGACUUUCUUAUCAUCGGCUCCCAAUUGAAUGUGCCAGGCAAAGGUGGCAGCACUUCUGCAUCUUCUACUUCUUCUACGAGCAGUUCGGUGGUCUCGUCUUCCACCAACAGUGCUGUGUCAACAACGACAACUGUGACCAACACUGUGACCAAUACCGUUACCGUCACAGCAGUCGUCUCUUCUGGCUCUAACUCAAUCUGCUCGCCUACAGCGACGGUCACUGUCACUGCUGCAGCAGCAGCAGCAGCAGCUCUAGCUCAUCUACAAGCACUACCAACGCUAUCGCGAGUGGACCAGUAA